UCAGACAAACCAGUUGACGGGGCACGGCCUGCAUAGAAGACUACUGAAACGCUCUCUACUCAUCACUGUAGAGAGAGAAACUCACUAAAUCUUCACCCCAAUGGCAGCUGCAAUUUUCUCUCUCUUCAUAUUCCUCGUCUUGCUGCUCGUCAAAACGUCUUCAGCCUCCUCCUCUGGCCUCCAGAUCCUCCAGGCCGAGCGUCAGAUUGAAUUGACUUCGCACAUUGUUAGGGUUUACCUGACAUUGAAGAUAGAGAACACUGAGGAUGCUCCAGCAACAGAAGUUCUCUUAUCAUUCCCACCUGCGCAGUUUGAGCAUCUAGCAUUGGUUAAAGCAGCUGUGACUGUCGGAAAAAAGAGGAAGAAGUCUUAUGCCCCUCUUGAAGCCAACCCAACCGAACAACCUGAAGCACCCAAUGGAACAAAAUACUAUUCUGUAUCAUUACUCAAACCGUUGGCGAAGGGUGAAACUACCACUCUAGAAAUACUUUAUGUCUUGACCCAAUCUCUUGAACCCUUCCCAGUAGAGAUAACGCAGUCUGAUCCUCAAUUAGUUUAUUACCAUGAUAGUGCAAUUAUACUGUCACCAUAUCAUAUUGCGCACCAGGCAACAGUGGUUAAAACCCCAAGCAACAAUGUGGAAUCUUUCACCCAAGUCGAACCGGCUCACCGUAGUGGCAGUGAACUGAGAUAUGGGCCAUAUGAGGGUCGUGAUUCUUACUCAUACUCUCCUAUUAUCAUCCAUUUUGAAAACAACCAUCCUUUUGCUGUUGUGGAGGAGCUUGAGCGUGAAAUUGAAAUCUCUCAUUGGGGGAGUGUACAGGUCACAGAGCGUUACAAGUUAGCUCAUGCUGGUGCUAAACACAAAGGUGCUUUCUCGAGGGUUGAGUAUCAAUCGAGACCCAGCGGUAGUGGCGUCUCCUCUUUCAAGCAUCUUCUUGCAGAACUACCCCCACGAGUUCAUUCUGUCUACUACAGGGAUGAGAUCGGGAAUAUAUCAUCAUCCCGUUUACGUACAAACUCCAAGAAGUCUGAGUUGUUAAUAGAGCCGCGUUAUCCUUUAUUUGGAGGCUGGAAAGCAACCUUUGUCAUUGGAUACGGGGUGCCACUGAAGGACUUCCUUUACGAAUCAGCUCCUGGUGCUCGUUACCUGAAUUACACUUUUGGCUGCCCUAUUGCGGAUACUGUAGUAGUCAAGCUGACAAUCAAAGUUGUCCUCCCAGAGGGUUCAAAGGAUCCAUCUGUUGAAGUUCCAUUUGCAGUCAAACAAAGUUUAGAGAAGAAGUACUCAUACCUUGAUGUGAUUGGACGGACUGUAGUGGUUCUGGAAAAGGAAAAUGUAGUCCCUGAGCAUAAUGUUCCUUUCCAGGUCCAUUACAAGUUCAACCCAAUAUUUAUGCUUGCCGAACCCUUGAUGCUAGCUUCUACAUUUUUCCUUCUCUUUGCCACUUCUAUUGCAUACCUUCACAUUGACCUUUCAAUACGGAAAUGAAAUGUCAAUCGAUAUAACAACACUUGGAAGGUUGAUGGCUGGAAGCUGCAGUGAGUGUAGAUGACAUUUUGAAGUUCACGGAUAUAGGACAGACUUCCUUUGCCAAAAUGUAGGGCAACUAAAAACUUUACAUCAUAGUGAGACAUUGCAUCUUUUUCUUCAAAUUGAAUUGUAUCUCUAGAUGAGAAAAUCGGGCGAAACUUUUGCCCGUGUUCGACUAGCGAAAACAUUUUGGCCUUAAAUUCAAAAUGAGAUAGUUUGUUUUGGGCUA